CUCCUCAGUGUGAGUUGUAACUCGUAUCAGUGAGGGUCGGUGUGUCCGGAGGCAUGACUUUGAAAAACUAAACUCGGGGUGUAUUGUGUUGUGGUGUUGUAAGACCACAGGUCACUAGCCAAAUGUAUGGUGUCUAACCAAGUGUUCCUCCCUCACAAGAUGCAGGUGCGCGCGGGGAUACUCCUGUGGGCAUUAUGCGGCCUAACCUCAUCUGCUUAUGGUUUCAUAUCGUGCUCACCAAACCCGUGCAAGAGCAGCGGCACUUGUGUCUCCAACCCCGGAGCUGAGUCCACUUGCGAGUGCACGGACGAAUUUGUGGGCGAAUAUUGUCAGUACCUGAACCCCUGUCGCAACGGGCCAGGCCCUCGCUGUCAGAACGGCGGCACCUGUAACGUGAUCCUCUCAGUGUCCGGACCCAAGUUCGACUGCAAGUGUCCAGUGGGUUACCAGGCGUCGCUGUGCGAGAUCGCGGUAGCCAACGCCUGCGACUCGGACCCCUGCAUGAACGGGGCCACCUGCCAACUGCUUACCCUUGACACUUACCGUUGUCAGUGCCCCUCCGGAUUCCGUGGCGACCAGUGCCAGAAGGUUGACCAUUGUGCCUCCAAACCUUGUCGCAACGGGGCCACCUGUCACUCCCCGGGCAACACCUACACCUGCACCUGCCCGCCGGGUUUCACCGGCACCACCUGCACCACAGAUGUCGACGAGUGCCAAGCUCAUCCCUGUCGACACGGCACCUGUAGCAACACCUUUGGAUCUUACACGUGUAACUGUGAUGUGGGGUACACAGGUGUCAACUGUGAGAGCCGGUACGUACCGUGUGAGCCAUCGCCCUGCAACAACGGUGGCACCUGCGAGGCCAGGGACUCCCUCUCCUACAAGUGUCACUGUCCCAAAGGUUUCACAGGGCGGAACUGUGAGGUGAAUAUUGACGACUGUCACAAUCACAUGUGUCAGAACGGCGCCACAUGUGUGGACAGUGUUAACACCUAUACAUGUGCCUGUCCGCCCACCUUCACUGGCCCUUACUGCACAGAUGACGUCGACGAGUGCGCCGUCAGACCCACUAUAUGCAAGAACGGAGCAACCUGUACCAAUACUCAAGGCGGGUUCUCGUGCAUCUGUGUCAACGGGUGGACGGGAGACGACUGCUCUGAGAACAUCGACGACUGUACAGGGGCGGCGUGCUUCAAUGGCGCCACCUGCAUAGACCGGGUGGGCUCCUUCCUCUGCCAGUGUACGCCAGGCAAGACUGGACUGUUGUGUCACCUUGAUGAUGCGUGUGCCAGUAACCCCUGCCACCCAGGCUCCAUGUGUGAUACUUCCCCUAUUGACGGCGGCUAUAUCUGCACCUGCCCGCCUGGUUACAAGGGCGUCGACUGCACUCAAGACAUCGACGAGUGCCAGGAUGGCCUUCCCUGUGAGCACAACGGCACCUGUGUCAACACUCCAGGAUCCUUCAGGUGUGACUGUUCCAAGGGCUUCACUGGGCCUCGGUGCGAGAUCAACAUCAACGAGUGCGAGAGUAACCCGUGUCACAACCAAGGCACGUGUUUGGACGAGCGCGGCGCCUUCCGCUGUGUGUGUAUGCCAGGAUACACCGGACAACACUGUGAGGAAGAUGUUGACGAGUGUGCUUCACAUCCAUGCUACAAUAAUGGAAUAUGCAGUGACCUCAUAAAUGAGUAUCGGUGCAGCUGCACACAGGGUUUCACCGGACGACAAUGUCAUAUCAACAUUGAUGACUGUGCAUCUGAGCCAUGUCGGCAUGGUGGUACUUGUGUGGACCGAGUGGCUGGCUACAACUGCCGUUGUAGUCCUGGAUUUACUGGAACAAACUGUGAAACUAACAUUGAUGAUUGUCUCUCCUCACCUUGCCACCAUGGGUCAUGUGUUGAUGGAAAUAAUUCCUUCACAUGUAUGUGUCAUCCUGGCUACACAGGUUUACUUUGCCAAACCGAGAUUGACGAAUGCAUGUCAACUCCAUGUCAACAUGGAGGAACAUGUAAGAAUCAUGUAAAUAAUUAUAAGUGCCACUGUCCUAAUGGUACAGCUGGCAUCAACUGUGAAUACAAUAUCAACGAAUGCUUCAGCAAUCCAUGUCGCAAUGGUGCAAAGUGCAAAGAUGGCAUCAAUGAGUACAGAUGUGAAUGUGAACCUGGGUACACUGGGAGAUUUUGUGAAACUAAUAUCGAUGACUGCUUAUCUCACCCCUGUGCAAAUGGCGGUGUUUGUAUAGAUCAAGUGGAUGGGUUUCACUGCCAGUGCCCUUCAGGUUACUACGAUGCCCGAUGUCUUUCAAAUGUGAAUGAAUGUGCCAGUGAUCCCUGUCUAAAUGGUGGGUCUUGUUAUGAUGAUGUCAACAGAUUUAACUGCAAGUGCCCACCUGGGUAUACUGGCCACCGUUGUGAGCAUGAAAUUGACGAAUGCCAAUCAAAUCCUUGUCAACAUGGCGGUACUUGUCGUGAUGCUCUUAAUGCUUAUACUUGUAUAUGUCCAGCUGGAUACUCUGGACGGAACUGUGAAUCGAACAUUGAUGACUGCCUAAGUCGGCCUUGCAGGAAUGGUGGCACUUGUAUUGAUCUAGUAAAUUCAUACAAGUGUGUGUGUGAGCUUCCUCACACCGGGCAAAACUGUGAGGUGCGAAUGGAUCCAUGCUCACCCAACAAGUGUCGGCAUGAUGCUCGCUGUACACCUACAGCUAACUUCCUGGAUUUUACCUGUGAGUGUGAACUUGGCUACACGGGCCGUCUUUGUGAUGAGGACAUAAAUGAGUGCAAUGUAUCACCUUCACCCUGCAAAAAUGGUGCUACUUGCAAAAAUACCAAUGGAUCAUAUUCUUGUCAGUGUUCUAUUGGAUAUGAAGGCCGGCAGUGCACUAUUAACACAAAUGACUGUGCAAUACAGCCCUGCCUUAAUGGUGGUACAUGCCUUGAUGAAAUUGGAGAAUAUAGAUGUUUGUGUGUUGAUGGUUUUGGAGGAAUUAAUUGUGAAAGUGAUCUUAAUGAAUGCGCAUCAAACCCAUGCCAGAAUGGAGCCACUUGCAAUGACUAUGUAAAUUCUUACACCUGUAGUUGUCCUUUAGGGUUUUCGGGAACUAAUUGUGAAAUUAAUGAUGAAGACUGCACUGAAACUUCAUGUAUGAACAAUGGCAGCUGCAUUGAUGGUAUAAACAAUUAUACAUGCGAGUGUCUCUCGGGGUUUACUGGUUCUCAUUGUCAACAUCGAAUUAAUGAAUGCCACUCAAAUCCUUGCAAAAAUGGUGGUACUUGCAGUGAUCAUGUGGGAUUCUUUACGUGUCACUGUAAUUAUGGCUACACAGGACAACAGUGUGAACGUCUAGUAGAUUGGUGUUCUGCCUCACCCUGCUUUAAUAAUGGAGUAUGCAAUCAAACCGAGAACCGCUACAAGUGUGAAUGUCUAUCUGGUUGGACUGGUUUAUUAUGUGAUGUCGAGAUGGUGUCUUGUGCCACAGCUGCAGCUAGCAAACGUGUUAUUCCCUCAAAACUUUGUCUUCAUGAUGGCAAAUGUCAAGACAUUGGAAAUACCCAUCAAUGUAAGUGUGCUGUUGGCUAUACAGGCUCUUAUUGUCAGCACGAAAUUAAAGAAUGCGACUCCCAACCAUGCAUGAAUGGUGCAACAUGCAAUGACCAUAUAGGUACUUACUCUUGCUCAUGCCGCCCAGGGUUUCAAGGUCCAAAUUGUGAAUAUAAUGUUGAUGAUUGUAAACCAAACAACCCUUGUCAAAAUGGAGGUGUGUGUCACGAUCAAGUGAAUGGAUUCCAGUGCUCCUGUCCUCAUGGUACUCUCGGUAAACUGUGUGAGAUCAAUACCUAUGACUGUUAUGAAGGUGCAUGUCAUAAUGGUGGAAAGUGUAUAGAUAAGGUUGGUGGAUUUGAAUGUCACUGCAAACCCGGUUAUGUAGGUGCAAGAUGUGAAGGGGAUGUAAAUGAAUGUUUGUCUUUUCCAUGUGUGAGAGAAGGCACUGCAGAUUGUGUUCAGCUUGUAAAUGACUAUCGUUGCAACUGUCGUCCAGGAUUUAUGGGACGUCAUUGUGAAAGCAAGAGAGACUUUUGUGCUGAAUCUCCAUGCCAAAAUGGAGGAGUGUGCAGUAAUACAGAUAGAGACUAUUCUUGUCAUUGUCCAGAAGGAUUCACAGGUAAAUCAUGUGAGUUUCCAAGUGACAAUUGUGCUUCAAAUCCCUGUAAUCCAGGUGAAACAUGCAGGCCAUAUGAGAAAGGAAUUGAAUGUGUCCCAAAACGCCAUCGGUCUCAUCAGUGUACGCCAAACCCCUGCACACACAAUGGCAAAUGCCUUGAUCGAAUUACAUAUUAUGAAUGCCAGUGCCCACCACAUUGGAAUGGGAAAAGGUGCGAAAUGAAUGAUCCCACAUUUAAUGGUGGACUUGGUCAAGUUCCAGAUACAGCUGCCAUUACUAAUAUUACCUUUGAAAGAGAAAAAUGUGAACUUCAUCGCUGUCAUGAAAAGAAAAAUAAUUUGCGAUGUGACCCUGAAUGUGCAAGUAUUGCUUGUGAUUAUGAUGGCUAUGAAUGUUCUUUGGGUCGUAAUCCCUGGGCUUUCUGUCAAGCUGAUAUUGCUUGCUGGCAGGUUUUUGGAGAUGGAGUAUGUAACACACAGUGUAACAAUGCUGGAUGCCUCUUUGAUGGUUUGGAUUGUCGGAAACCUGUUGGAACCUGCAAUCCCAUUUAUGAUGCUUAUUGUGCUACAAAUUAUGAAAAUGGGCAUUGUGAUCAAGGUUGCAAUGUUGCAGAGUGUGGAUGGGAUGGGCUUGAUUGUGAAAAUGAACCACCAUCAAUAAUGUCAGAGGGACUACAAAUAGUUGUUGCAACUGAUGAAGCUGAUUUCCGGUCUGCCAAAAAGUCAUUUGUAAGAAAAUUAAGUAGUCUCUUAGGAAUACAUCUUGUUAUUAAACGUGAUCAGUCUGGUGUAGAAAUGAUCUACCCUUUUAAGGAAAAAGGUAUUCAGGGCCUUUUGGUGUACUUUGAAAUAGAUAAACGCCGAUGUGAAAAAGAAUCCCAAUGCUUUGAUAGCGUCACCGAUAUAGCAAAUUUCUUGGCUGCAAAUCAGCUUCGUUUAGGUAGUGAUGCAGGCAUUCCAAUUUCUGGAAUCUAUGAAAAUGGACCUCCAAACCCUCCACCUGGGUACACAUACAUUAUUGUUGGCAUUGUAUUUGCCUUAGUGUUAGUUGGAAUCAUCUUCAUGGUAGUUACAAAUAAUCGCAAGCGAUCACGAGGUAUAACCUGGUUUCCGGAAGGCUUCUUUCCUAAAUACAGCACUAGUUCAAGUGCAAGUGCUGAACCCACACGAAGAAAACCUGAUGGCCAAGAGAUGCGCAGUUUUAAUAAGGGGGCAUCUGUUCAUCACCUUGCUGACAUUGAUGAUGGGAUGAGCCGAGGUUUACCUAUGCCAGGCCCAUUAGGUGAUUGGUCCGAUGAUGAUAGUGAACACCCACCAAUUAAACGUUCUAGACAUGAAGCUGGUUAUUCUGAUCAAACUCAUCUCACUGACUACGAUGAUGCUAAUGAUCCUCGGGUUUGGACACAGCAGCAUCUCGAUGCUGCUGACAUUAAAAAUCCUGAUUUGCUGGCAUUAACUCCUCCCCAAAUAGAACCAGAAGAACAGCGUGGUAUUGCUGGAGAAGUGGAUCCUAAAGGACCCAUGGGUCUUACUCCACUAAUGAUUGCAUCAUUCCGUGGUGGUGGCUUGGAGAGUCACACUGAUGAAGAUGAUAAAGAUGGAUCAGCAGCAGUAAUUCAAGAACUCAUUGAACAAGGGGCCAAGUUGAAUGCUAAGAUGGAUCGCACAGGAGAAACCUCUCUUCACCUUGCAGCAAGGUAUGCAAGAGCAGAUGCUGCUAAAAGGCUAUUGGAUGCAAAGGCUGAUGCAAAUGCUCAGGAUGCAACAGGCCGUACACCUUUACAUGCUGCUGUUGCUGCUGAUGCUCAAGGAGUUUUCCAAAUACUGCUGCGAAACCGAUCAACAGACCUCAAUGCCAAAACAAAUGACGGGACAACUCCUCUAAUUCUUGCUGCACGUCUGGCCAUUGAAGGCAUGGUCGAGGACCUCAUAAAUGCUGAUGCUGACAUAAAUGCUGCUGAUGAUUCUGGCAAAACAGCUCUGCACUGGGCUGCUUCUGUUAAUAAUGUAGAAGCUGUCCAGAUACUUCUUGCUCAUGGUGCCAACCGUGAUGCCCAGAACAGCAGAGAUGAAACAUCAUUGUUCCUUGCUGCUAGAGAAGGAAGCUAUGAAGCUUGUAAAGUGCUGUUGGACCACUUUGCAAACAGAGAUGUAACAGAUAACAUGGAGAGGCUUCCUGAAGAUGUUGCUAAUGAGCGAUUGCAUCACGAUAUUGUCAGACUACUUCGUGAACAUCACCCACGCUCUCCACAAAUGGCACAAGUGGUUACUACAACUCACCUUGUGCCACAUCAGCAUAACCAACAAUCUCAAAAUUCAUUAAUGUCACAACAGAUGACUCCACAACCAGCUCAGCGGACUAAUACUCAGCCAAAAGCUAAAGCUCGACGGCCAAAGUCUUCAGUUAUGUCCCUUCCAGGGGGAUCCAUAAAUACUCCAGUAAGCCCUGAUGGUACGACAUCGAUUAAGCGUAGUUCCAGUGUUAAAAAGAAACGUGAACCUAAUGGGGUGCCCAGUGUGGAAUCCCAAACUCAGCCCUCACCUCUCAACUCUUUAGGUUCACCACAUGGAGUAUUUGAUGCUGCUUCAAGUCCUUUUGAAACAGGCUUAUUUACUGGUGGCAUGAGUGGACUGAACCCACAUUUUGCAGAGGUGGGAGUAACUCAGCCUCCACCAUAUGAAGAGUGUGUAAAGGGUGCAGUGUCAUUGAGUAAUCUUCCACACAUUGACCAUGAUAAUAAUCCCUUCAGCUAUUCAAAUAUGAUGGGAACUCAUCAACACCAGCACCAACAAGGUCAUGUGAUUCACCAACGACAGCAGUCGAUGCCAGCUUCUUUCUCUCCUCAGAGUCAGACUAUGUCUCCACCACACCACAUGACUCCACCUCACUCAUCUCCACAACAUGUGCAGUCACCACAUACAUCAAGCCUUGUAACCUCUCCAGGCAAAAUGCGGCCUGCUUUACCCACUUCUCCCACACACAUGGCUGCAUUAAGGCAUGCAACAGCUACUUCGGGAUUUGAAUUCCCAACUGGAAGUGCUACUGCAUAUAGUCUGCAAGGUCAGCAGCAGCAACAUCAAGGAAGUAGUGGGUUUUAUCCACAUUUCCCAACCCCACCAUCACAACACUCAGGAGUUGAGGCAACACCACAGCAUAGUGUUGCUCCAACUACGCAUGAUGCAUUUCCUACACCAUCCCCAGAGUCCCCAGGCCAGUGGUCCUCUGCAUCACCUCGAAGCCAGAGUGAUUGGUCUGAAGGAGUAAGGUCUCCGCUGGGCCCUCCAGGGAUACCCCCUCAUCAUCAGAUUUUCCCUGGGGGACAGCAUCAGCAUCAGCAGCAACAGCAGCAGCAACAGCAACAGCAGCAGCAACAGCAGCAGCAACAGCAGCAACAGCAGCAACAGCAGCAGCAGCAACAACAGCAGCAGCAGCAGCAACAGCAGCAGGGCCCUCCACAACCUCUUGGACUACCUUCACAGGGCUCUAUCUACAUUUAGAUCCUGAAAUCUAUUUUGUGCCAAUAGUCCUUCUGUGUACAGUGCUGCAUGUACCAUAUCUGCCUGGACUAAUUUUGUCCUGCUCUGUAAAUAAUGCGCUAAUAACUAUCCUGCUGUACUUAGUGUUCAAAUGAGUACAAUCAACUAUAUAUGGACCUUCAUUUAUUGUUGGCCAAGUAAAAUACGGCAUGGACCGUUGUGUACAGUGUUCACGAGGAACAGUUUGCAAUAUAGUUGUAGUGGUGAAAUAAAGGAGUGUCUUUCAUGGGUUGCUCUGUGAUAGCUGUGCUCAUUAGCGGCAUCCUGAGCACAAUUGUGCAUUCUAAAUUAGUAUGGUUGUCAAACUUAAAGAGUUGGCAUUCAUUUGACUUUUUAUUUUCGGCAUUAUGAACUUUUCACAUUAUGGGAGUAUAAGGGAGCCCUCUUGUGCACAUAACUUAUCACGGUGGCUCUCAUCAGAUUAGACAGUGUUCAUUAUCCGUGACCAUGUUAAAUGUGAUACGUUGUUUAGUAUGUGAAUUUUAUGACCAUGUCUUCAUUUAAUUUGUUUAUUAGCUAAACGCUAUGUCAGUAGUAGCAUAGGACUUUGAAACCCGAUCUCUUUAGGAUAUUUUAAAUUAUAUUUUUGUUUUCAUUUCCUUAUGAACAAAAGAUAUUUGAAAUUGAUCAUUUUUAAAAUUCAGUUUAUAUAUAUUUUAUGUUUAAUUAUAUAAGACAUGAAUAAAUGUAAACCAACUUAAAGGGUGCUUUGUUUUGGAAAAAGUGCCUGUUGUAAAUUACUACUCACUACUUGUUUUCAGUAUUUGUAAGAAUUUGUUAAAGAAUGUCAUUUGCAGUGUGGGCAAUCCAGGACUAAAGCGACAACCUUUACAUACAAAUAUAUAUCUAUAUCUAUAUACAAAUACACACACACACACAUACAUAUAUUCAGUAUAUAAUAUCAACAUGCAUAGAUAAAAGUAAAUGAAUUGCAUUUAUGUAAAAGAAUUUCUCAAUUUUAAUGCAUUAAUACUCUCAAUAAUGGUCAACAAUGCCCACACAUGCAAAGCCCAUACCUCUGGGUCUUUGAAUGCAUGGUGUAUGAAUGCAAGCAUUAUGUCAGAAUGAGGAUGCAAGUAAAAUAUGCAAAUAAAUACUUGAUUUUGUA